UUCCGGUGCGCCGGACGCAGACCCGCUGUACGGAGGCGGGCACGCACACGAGCACGCACGCCCUCCUCUCGCGCCGCCGCGGUCGUUCCCGCGUACACCAGCCGCGCCGUCAGUUCGGCAGAGAUGCUGCGGGCCUGUCAGUUAUCCGGCGUGACCGUCGCGGCCCAGAGUUGUCUUUGUGGGAAGUUUGUCUUCCGUCCACUACGACCAUGGCGUAGAUACUCCACUUCAAGAAGUUCUGGGUUGACUUCUGGUAAAAUCGCUGGAGCUGGCCUUUUGUUCGUUGGUGGAGGGGUUGGUGGCACUAUCCUGUAUGCCAAAUGGGAUUCCCACUUCCGGGAAAGUGUAGAGAAAACCAUACCUUACUCAGACAAGCUUUUUGAGAUGGUUCUUGGCUCUGCACCUUAUACUGUUCCAUUACCAAAGAAACCGAUUCAGUCUGGUCCACUAAAAAUCUCCAGCGUAUCAGAGGUGAUGAAAGACUCCAAACUGCCGGUGGCACAGACCCAGAAACAGAAGGGAGACACUCCAGCUGCAGCAGCAUCCACAGGGGCAGCUCAAAUUAUUUCUGCAGCAGGUGAUGCGCUUUCGGUCCCAGCCCCUGCGGUUCAUGAGGACACUAUAAAAACCGAUCGUCCCAACAUUUCUGAAGAAAAACCCACAUCUGUAACCUCAGAGGAAGCAUUCUCAUCUCCUGUAAGGGAGCGACCACCUGAAGAAGUUGCAGCUCGCCUAGCGCAACAGGAAAAGCAAGAACAAGUUGAGAUGGAGUCUCUAGCCAAGAGUUUAGAAGAUGCUCUGAGCCAGACUACAUCUGUCACUCUACAGGCUAUCACGGCCCAGAAUGCUGCAGUUCAGGCUGUCAAUGCACACUCCAACAUACUGAAAACAGCCAUGGACAACUCUGAGAUUGCAGGUGAGAAGUCGGCCCAGUGGCGAACAGUGGAAGGUGCAUUGAAGGAACGAAGAAAAGCAGUUGAUGAAGCUGCCGAUGCCCUUCUUAAAGCCAAAGAAGAGUUAGAAAAGAUGAAAAAUAAAAUUGAAGACGCAAAGAAAAGAGAGGUUGUUGGGGCCAAACCUCAUAUAACUGCUGCAGAGGGGAGACUUCACAACAUGAUAGUUGAUCUGGAUAACGUGGUCAAAAAGGUCCAGGCUGCUCAGUCUGAGGCUAAGGUGGUGUCUCAGUAUCAUGAACUUGUGGUCCAAGCAAGGGAUGACUUUAGGAAAGAGCUGGACAGCAUCACUCCAGACAUCACUCCUGGAUGGAAAGGGAUGAGUAUUUCUGACCUAGCUGACAAGCUUUCUACUGAUGACCUGAACUCGCUGAUUGCUCAUGCCCAUCGUCGCAUCGAUCAGCUCAACAAAGAGCUAGCACAGCAGAAAGUCACAGAGAAACAACACAUCGAGCUAGCCCUGGAGAGGCAAAAGCUAGAAGAAAAGCGGGCCUUUGAUUCUGCAGUGGCAAAGGCAUUGGAGCACCACAGAAGUGAGAUACAGGCAGAGCAGGACAGAAAGGUAGAGGAAGUCAGGGAUGCCAUGGAGAAUGAAAUGCGGACCCAGCUGCGGCGACAGGCCGCUGCCCACACUGAUCAUUUACGAGAUGUCCUCAAGGUUCAAGAGCAGGAACUGAAGUAUGAAUUUGAACAGGGCCUGUCUGAGAAACUGUCAGAGCAAGAAUUAGAGUUUCGUCGUCGCAGUCAAGAACAAGUUGACAACUUUACUCUGGACAUAAACACUGCCUAUGCCAGGCUGAGAGGAAUCGAGCAGGCUGUUCAGAGUCAUGCAGUUGCUGAAGAAGAAGCUAGAAAAGCCCACCAGCUCUGGCUCUCAGUGGAGGCACUGAAGUACAGCAUGAAGACCUCGUCUGCGGAAGCGCCUACCAUCCCACUGGGGAGUGCAGUUGAGGCCAUCAGAGUCAGCUGCUCUGAUAAUGAAUUUACCCAGGCUCUAACGGCAGCCAUUCCACCAGAAUCCCUGACCCGGGGGGUAUACAGUGAAGAGACCCUAAGAGCCCGUUUCUAUGCCGUUCAAAAACUAGCCCGAAGGGUAGCCAUGAUUGACGAAACCAGAAAUAGCCUGUACCAAUACUUCCUUUCCUACUUGCAGUCCCUACUUCUGUUCCCGCCUAAGCAACUGAAGCCUCCAGCAGAGCUCUACCCUGAGGAUGUAAACACAUUUAAAUUGCUCUCAUAUGCCUCCUAUUGUAUUGAGCAUGGUGACCUGGAGCUGGCAGCAAAGUUUGUCAAUCAGCUAAAAGGGGAGUCCAGAAGAGUGGCGCAGGACUGGCUGAAGGAGGCCCGCAUGACCCUAGAAACAAAGCAGAUAGUGGAGAUCCUGACUGCAUACGCCAGCGCCGUAGGAAUAGGAACCACUCAAGUGCAGCAAGAGUAAGGCCUAGGAAGAGUUGUGUGAUGUCAUUUCAUAUCACGGGAAAUCAGCAUUGGUAUCUGCAGGGUUUGCAACAAGGGUCCCAGAAUUGUCUAGAAGUGAGCAGGUUCCAAGUCCUGUGUGAGAUGUUAACACCUGUUGCAUUUACCGUCCUUACACUGCUAUCAUGCCAAUGAACUCCAGGAGGCUUUAUUUGCAACUUGUGUAACACUUCCUGUUUUUCAGGUUUUACUGAUCAGGCUUGUGAGCCACUCAAAAUAAUGUUUGUGAUCCCUACUAUUGAUUCUGCCCUUGGAGCAAACUGAAUAAAGCAACACAGUGAAAACUGAGCACUCUAUCCCUCUUCAGA